GUACCCGGUCUCGAAAGUCGAAGAAGCAAAAAGGGGGUGGGUCAAAAUUCCGCCGGAGAAAAUCUUUGUUCGGUGUUUGCAAUCGGGAGAGAGAGCAAGGUCCCUUCUCAAGGAUGGCGAUGACUGUACACGCCUUGCUGGGUUGGCUUUUAUGUUUUCAGCUAGCAUUUUGCUUCAGAUUCUGGCAUGUGCAAUAUAUAACAAUUGGUGGCCAAUGUUAUCAGCUCUGAUGUAUGUGCUGGUUCCUAUGCCUUGCUUAUUCUUUGGAGGUGGAUCCACUCAAUUUCUAAUGAGCCGUGAUGGUGGUGGUUGGAUAGAUGCUGCAAAAUUUUUGACUGGAGCAUCAGCUGUUGGGAGCAUAGCCAUUCCUAUAAUCCUCAAGCACGCUCAUAUGAUUGAGACAGGCGCGAUGCUCAUUGAACUUGUAUCGUUCUUCAUUUUUAUAUGUACUGUUUUAUGUUUCCACCAAGCCGGCCUUGAUGAUGAUUGGUAACAGUAAAAUCGACAAAGUUCUAACACCCUGCUAGUCAUUAGGGUUUGUUACCCGUAAAAAGGGAAACCAGAUAGUGAAACUUACGACAACCAUGGGAGAAGAAAUGUAUGUUCAAACCUCUGUAAAGCUCUGUAGUAAUUGUUUUUUUUGUCAAUGUGUAUUCUCGUUAUAGUAAGGUAUUUGUGAUAAUUUUGAUUUGUGGAGAACACGUGACAUUUGAGUUCCUUGGUUUCUUUAUUGUUCAUAAGAUGUGUAUAACGUUCAUGUAUAAUACUCUGCUAACAACACUUUCUAUAUGUUUAUGCACACACAAAUGCUGUUGGACACGCA